AUGUCGAUUUUGGUGGCUGUGGCCUUGUUGAGUGGUCGGAAGUCCGUCGUUGAAGUAGCCUUCGACUCCACUAUCGACGACCUGAGACAAAGAGCACAGCCAGACCUAGGUACGGGCGUGAGCAAGCUGAUCAGCGUAGCUGGAGAAGUCUUGCCCCUGUCCCUCACUGUGGCACAAGCAGGCCUCCAAAAUGGAGAUACGCUCGGGGCGAUCGUCAGGCGUGAGGAGCUGGUACCCUCGCGUGGAGCUUUUGCCUUGCUACGAGCCAACGGCUCCGUGCUGACAUGGGGCCAUCCAACCUAUCCCAGCUAUGGCGCCGACAGCAGCGUUGUUCAAGAGCAGUUGCGCAAUGUGAGGAAGAUAAGUGCGUCCAGCUGUGCAUUUGCCGCCAUCCUGGACGACGGAUCGGUGGUGACUUGGGGAGAUUUAGAGUCUGGGGGCGACAGCAGCCGUGUGCAAAGCCGCUUGAG